UAGUUAUGUGCGUGCGUAGUUUUGGGCUUGCGUAGUUUUGGCUUGCGUAGUUUCGGUCGCGUAGUUUUGGUCGCGUAGUUUUGGCCCGCGUUGUUUUGGGCGUGUCCCUUAUGUUGAGGUAUUUUUGCGGACGAUCUCAAAAUGUCCAAUAGAGUAAAAAUUUGCGCAACUCUCCAAAUAAACACAAAAUAAACGGAACGGCAAAAAUUUUUAAUCCCGGGGGCCUGUAAUAUAUAAUUCGAGAUUCGAUCUCGCGGUGAUCGAAUAAUUUAAAUUUUUGCUUUUAAUUUUAAAUCUUAUUAUUAGGUACAUAUUUUUGUUCAGCAAAAAUAUUUUUUGUUUUUAUAAAAACCACCCACCAAAAGAUGGAAGUCUUAGACCCACGAACUACAUUAAUUACCAACCAAGAGGUGUUAUUCUUGCUUAACCAAGCAAAAAUACAACAAAAAUAUAAUAGAGGUUCACAAAAUCAUAAUACAAUUGUCUAUGAGGCAUCAAAAUACUUAAAUGAUACUAAUGCUGCUUUACAGUGUAGAGAAAAUAUUGUUGAUUUGAUUAACUCUCUCAAGAAGUUUAAGCUCACUGGAGCAGAGAUUGUACAAAUCUUAAAUCUCCGUCCAAAACAGGCGCUGGAAGUUCAACUGAUCGUCGAAGAAUGCGAAGAGAGACUUUCUGAGGAAGAAUUGGAUGAACUUGUAGAAACAAUUUGUAGAGUUUUGCCAAAGGAAAAAUAAAGUGUUUUACAAAAAAUUUCUAUUAUAAAUAUUGUUGAUUCAAUGAGAUAUUUUUCGAAAAUAAAAAAUUUAUAGUCCAUUUGAUUAA